UGUCUGUGUAUGAGGGGAGGAUGCUCAGAGCUCAACCCAACCUUUUUCCCAGACAGCAGCGUGGAAGUGACAGUCUGCGCGUUGUGCUCCUCAGCUCCGGAUGGUACAGUGGGAUGUAAUUUUGGAGAGGAAAAGAAGGGGAUCGGGGCAGCAGCGACCCACCACUGAGCCUGACAUGAAUGACAAGUAAAAAAAAAAAAGAAGAAGAAGAAGCUCAUUCAAGCGAGCUAAAUAGCAGAGGAAUGUGCCCAAGUGUGCGCGGCUGCUCUCGGGCUCCUCAGAGCGACAUUUUGGACCUUUCGGACCUACCUGGUUUUGUUUGUAAACACAGCAGAGAAGAAUAGAGAGAGCCUGGUCAUCUCUCUGUCUAACUGCCUGACCUUUACCAGAAUAUUUAGAUUUAUUUUAUUUUUUUUCUCCAGGCGGGAGUGAGUGGGGGGUUUUGUUGGGAGUGUUGUUUUUUUGUUGUUUUUUUUUUUUUCUUUUGUCACGCGUGACCGAGACAAACUUCUACCAUGGCGCUGGUUAUGGAGCCAGUGAGCAAGUGGAGCUCCAGUCAAGUGGUGGACUGGAUGAAAGGCCUGGACGACUGCCUGCAGCAGUACAUCAAGACCUUCGAGAGGGAGAAAGUAGGGGGGGACCAGCUGCUGCGUAUCACCCACCAGGAGCUGGAGGAUUUGGGAGUGUCCCGGAUCGGCCACCAGGAGCUCAUACUGGAGGCUGUGGACCUGCUCUGUGCUCUGAAUUACGGGCUGGAGACCGAGAAUCUGAAGACUCUGUCUCACAAGCUGAACGCAUCGGCCAAGAACCUGCAGAACUUCAUCACGGGCCGGCGGCGCAGUGGCCAUUACGACGGGCGAGCCACCCGCAAGCUGCCCAACGACUUUCUCACCUCCGUGGUGGACCUGAUCGCCGCAGCCAAAAGCCUUCUGGCCUGGCUCGACAGGUGCUCCUUCUUUUUCAGGUCUCCGUUCGCCGCGGUGGCAGAUUACUCCGUGACCAGAAACAACGUGAUCCAGCUGUGUCUCGAGCUCACUACAAUUGUACAGCAGGACUGCUCCGUAUAUGAGACAGAAAACAAAAUCCUGCAUGUGUGUAAAACUUUGUCUGGAGUGUGCGACCACAUUAUCUCUCUGUCCUCGGAUCCCAUGGUGUCCCAGGCGGCACAUUUGGAGGUUGUUCAGCUAGCCAACAUAAAAUCCACCGAGGGACUGGGCAUGUACAUCAAAUCAACAUAUGACGGUCUGCACGUAAUCACCGGGACGACAGAGGGUUCCCUGGCGGACCGCUGUAAGAAAAUCCACGCUGGAGAUGAAGUCAUUCAGGUCAAUCAUCAGACAGUGGUGGGCUGGCAGCUGAAGAACUUGGUGAAUCUGUUGCGUGGGGACCCCGCGGGCGUUACCCUGACGCUGAAGAAACGCCCACAGAGCACGCUCACCUCCACCCCGGCUCUGCUCAAGAACAUGAGAUGGAAACCGUUGGCUCUGCAACCAAUCUUCCCUCAGAGCCCCAGCAGCAGCGUCGCCACGCCCACGAGCACUUUAAGCACCCCAUCCAGGAGGAGUAGCUGCGCCCUGCAGGACCUGUACAUCCCCCCUCCUCCAGCAGAGCCCUACACUCCCAGAGAUGACAAGGGAAAUCUGCCGGGUGACGAUCCUCAAACGGACGUCCAUGUUGCAGAGGGAUCCGAGUCACCAAACUCCUACCUGGACCAGGAGUGUCGGGGCCGGUUUCCUCUGGUGGAGGAAGAUGCCAUACUGUACUGUUACGAGUACGACCAGAACCAGGAGGUGUCAUCAGUCCGCAGGGGGAGCACUCCCACCUAUGGCAGGCUCAGGCCCAUCUCAAUGCCGGUGGAAUACAACUGGGUGGGAGACAACGAAGACCUGGCCAAGCUGAAGAGAGAGAGCAGGAGAGAGAAUUCCCUCCUGCGUUUUGCGAGUGAAGACAAAGCCCCGGGGGAGGACUUCCUGCUGGGACGCAGCCUGAGUCAGAACAGGAGGAAGACCGAGCGAGGAGCCAGCCCCACCCAUUACACGCUCGUCCCCGCCCUCCAGAUGGAAGUCUCCCUGUCCACGUCCAGCUCCGACUCUGCUUCCCUCUACCACGUGUUUGAACGAUCCUCGCUGCUGUCAAGGUCAAAGAAGAAGAGUAAAGCUGGAAGUCCCAUGUCUUCUAUCAGCAAGAGGCGGAUUUCCUGCAGGGACCUGGGUCAGGGGGACUGUGAGGGCUGGCUGUGGAAGAAGAAGGACGCUAAAACCUAUUUUUCGCAGAAGUGGAAGAAGUACUGGUUCAUCCUGAAGGACACUUGCCUGUACUGGUACAUGAAUGAGGAGGAUGAGAAGGCAGAGGGGUUCGUCAGCCUCCCGGAGUUCAAGAUUGAUCGUGCCACUGAAUGCAGAAGGAAGUACGCCUUUAAGGCUUGCCAUCCGAAGAUAAAGACCUUCUACUUCGCAGCGGAAAAUGUAGACGACAUGUCCCGGUGGCUGAGUCGUCUCAGUAUGGCGGUGGCGGGCUACUCGGAGCAGGAGAAAAUUCGCCAGGACCAAGAUUACUGGAGUGAGAGUGAUCACGAGGACAUGGAGAUGACCUCGAUAUCCAAGCAGGACAGUCCACCGCCACCUUACGACACCUAUCCCAGAGCAUCCUCAGUGAGUCCGUACCUGGAGCCGAAACGUGGCCACCUCUCCUCCUCCGACACGUUCCAGUCCCGCUCCUCUCACGAAGAGUUCCACUCGGAGCCCCUGGACGGCAGCAGCAGCAACAACGGCAUCUCCCCCGGGCAGCAGAAGACGAGCAGCCACAGGAACUCGUGGCAGGACCAGAUGGAGAGCAAUGCGAGGAUGCACUACCUCCAGACGUUUCCCGUGGAGGAGACCAUGCUAUCUGAGGACAGAGACCAGCUGGCGAUGGAGUACCGCCGACAGUCCACGCUGCCCGCUCAGCGCAGCCUGCUGCAGGAACAGUACAGGGCCCUGCCUCUGCCUCUGAGGGCCAGCAUCGAUUCAGACGCGGGAGGGAAACCCCGCAGCUUCACGCUACCCAGGGACAGCGGGCUGCACGCUAUCCUGGCCGCUACUGCAGCUGCGUCGGAUCAGAGGGAGCCCCAUCACUACCACCUGGACCGGCCCAGAGACACUGGCCAUGGACGUGACUGCAGGAUGCAGGCGGACUCUCUGGGAGACUUGUACCGGGCUCUGGAGCAGACCAGUCUGUCCACCUCGGCUGACCACAGAUCAUCCAGCCGUCUGGAAUAUAAGCGCUCAUUCGUCCGCCGAGUCAACGACCCCCUGCUAAACGACAAGCUUCAUCGCCUCCGGGUCCUCCACAGCUCACUUAAGAAUGUCCCUCUGCAAGACACAAACCGGUCACUGGGAUUUUUAGGGUGAGGACGAGUGUGUCGAUGGAACCUCAAACGUAUCGCCUCUGCCUGUGCCUCACGCAGCCGGCAUCCUUCUGCUGGAGAUAUAAGGCACCUUCCUUUACCUGCUCUGCUCUCCUUUUUCCUUUAUCUGCUCUUUAAACCUCGCUCACCGUGCAGGAGCACAAAGACUUGGUGUCCCUCUCCACUCGAUCUGCUCUCUCUUUUCAAGACAAGGGCUGUUGCAAAAGAGAUGUGUGGCCUGCUAAAGUAACAGGGUUUUAUGACAGGGUUUUUAGCACUUUGUGUCCGAGACUUGUUGGAGAGCUUUGUAAGUCAUCGCUCACAUGCAUGGCCGCCUCCCCUUCGCUUCCGUUUUGAACAUUAUGCUGGAGUUGUGUACAGCCACUCGGACAGAGAAGCUAUUUUGGAUGUACACGACAUUUUGUUAUGCAUGUGUGUAUGAUUCAAGGGUGUGUUUGUUUUAUGAGUGUACAGGGUGUUAAGCAUAUACAUAUAUAUAUAUAUAUUUAAUAUUACAUGACUACAGUGACUACACAAUGUUUUGGGGUACUCAUACAAAUUGUAAAUCAAGUGCUGUGCCUCAGUGAUUGUGAAUGUACAUUGUACUUUUUCCGAGAGAGAGACAAGAGAAGAUAUAAGAAAGUGAGCUAUUCCUCAAGACGGGGGCACAAAAAUAAAUGUUGGCAAUAAUGAACUAGUAUUGUAAAUUACAAAGGAAUGAUGAGAAUAGUCGUCUAUUUUUGUAUGCAUGCCGUCUAUCUAAUUGUUUGUAAAACAGUUUUGUAUUUCUAAGUAGGUUUGGUCCGGAGACUACAGGUGUCGACCCCCCGCCCCACUACAUUUUGCUUUUAGGACUUAUUUUACGAUCUGCCCCAGCAAGUUGCCAGAUUUUUUUUUUUUUAACUUUUUGCCAACAUAAUGAGUAAUAACUGUAUUUAUUAUAAGUGUUUAAUGUACAAGCAUGCUUUGUAUAACUAAAACACAUUACCAUGCCACUGGGAAUCUGACUGACAUUGCACAAGUGUGCCACGUUGUAGCUACUUUACUUUUUUUUUAUUGAAUAAAGUAUGGCAUGGGCACACACAAA